CCUUUGACAAUCCACACCAGCGGAGACACAUCCGACGCCACUCAAAUUCCCCACCGACCGCCGCCGCCGCUCCGCCGUCGCGGCGCCAUGCUCCACCUCCGGCAGCGCGUCCUCUCCCAUCUCCUCUUCGCCGCGCCCUCUCCUUCCGCCUCACCACUCCUCUCUCUCCACCGCCUCCUCUCCGCCGCCGCUGCCCCCCGCAUUUCUUCAAACCCUAGCUUCGCCGUCGACGACUACCUCGUCGAGACCUGCGGCCUCACCCGUGCCCAGGCACUCAAGGCCUCCGCCAAGAUCUCCCACCUCAAGUCCCCGGGCAAGCCAGAUGCCGUGCUUGCCUUCCUUGCCGGCCUCGGCCUCUCGGGCGCUGAUGUCGCGGCCGUCGUCGCCAGGGACCCGCUGAUCCUCUGCGCCGGCGUGGAGACAACCUUGUCCCCCAUCGUCGUUGGGCUCACCGGCCUCGGCCUGUCACAAGCUGAGAUUGCGCGCCUCCUCUCGCUCGUCCCUGACAACUUCCGCCGCAGAUCCUUCGUCUCCAAGCUAGAGUACUACCUUCCACUCUUCGGCUCCAUCGAGAACAUGGUCCGGCCGCUCAAACAUGGCCACUUCUUCCUCCACUCUGACCUCGAGAGGGUGGUCAAGCCAAAUGUCAAGCUCCUAGCAGAGUGCGGGCUAGGUGCUUGUGAUAUUGCCAAGCUGUUCAUCCGUGAGCCAAGGAUGCUUAGCGCCAAACCAGAGCGUGUCCUGGCGAUGGUUGCGUGCGCCGAACGUUUAGGUGUGCCCCGUGGCUCAGGAAUGUUCAGGCAAGCGCUGCACACCGUCUCAUGCUUCAGCGAGGACAAGAUCGCUGCCAGAGUGGACUACUUGAAGAGGACACUUAGGUGGUCAGAUACCGAGGUUGGCAUUGCUGUGUCCAAGGCUCUGAUUUUGCUGGCAAGAUCAAAUGACGUGCUGCAGCGUAUGUCAGACUUCCUAAUCUCUGAGGUGGGGUUGGAGCCGGCCUACAUUGCUCAUCGCCCCGCUAUGCUCACUUGCAGCCUGGAGGGCCGGCUCAGACCCCGCUACCAUGUUGUGAAAUUUCUUAAGGAAAAUGGAUUGCUAAAUCAUGGCAGAGACUACUACAGUAUGGUUGUGGUCAGCGAGAAGGUAUUUGUGGAGAAGUUCAUAUGCCCUCACAAGCAAGCUGCACCACACCUUGCUGAAGACUAUGCAGCUGCUUGCACAGGGCAGGUGCCUGCUACAUUCAGAUUUACAUGAACCAAGAAGCAGGAAAAUGGAUUGCUAGAGCAUGAGUGGAACCACUAUUCAGCAGCCUUGGUGACAGAAGAUUUUCAUGGAAAAGUUUGUAUGCCCUCACAAGGAAGAUGCCCCCACCUCGCCGGAAACUAUGCUGCCACUUGUAGGGAAGUGCCUUCUAAUUUCAGAAUUACAUGACCAAUAAUGGUCCAGGAGAAUUUGUAACUGCAUAUGGCGCAAAGAAGUUUACCCUAUGUGUAGUGAGCUGGUAAUCUCUGUCUGUGUGCCUGAGUGGAUGUUGGUUGUCUGCUAUAGUAUGUCAAGUACUCCCUCCGUUCCGAAUUACUUGUCU